UUAGCCAUCCUCAUCCUCUGGACUUUCUCUUUCUUCGUGAACCCAAAACUAUUCUCUCCAUCCUCCCCCACCUAUUAACCAGAUCAACCCGACCUUGCUCCGUCUCUACCACCCACUCCGCGUUGCCAAGUUUCAUUUUUUCCUGGUUGAGGCUGAAGGAUUCAGGCUUGAUCAUGGGAGUGUAAUCUGUGGGUCGUUUAUGGAGAAGAAAGACAUGGGUGUCAAGAAGGAGGAAGCAGUUGGAUCCUCUUCGUUUGGGGAUUAUAAUUCAAACAGCUUCCCACUUUCGAGUGUCUUUGAUUUUCAUGAAGUGGAAAAGAGCUCUUUAGGGUUUAUGGAGUUACUGGGUGUGCAGGAGCAGGACUAUGGUUCCUUUGAUUUGCCCCCGCAACUAUUUCCUUCCGACCUCAAAAAUCGAUGUGCCGCUGCAAAAAACUACUGCGAGCCGUUGAAUCAACAGCCUGCCACUCCAAACUCUUCAUCCAUUUCAUCUGCGUCCAGUGAGGCACUGAUUGAUGAACACACUAAAACUGUAGAUCAACGGGGAGAUGAACAACGAAAGACCAAGAAAAAGUUGAAGGCCAAGAAGACAAGUCAGAAGAAACAGAGGGAACCGAGAUUCGCGUUCAUGACGAAAAGCGAGGUCGAUCAUCUGGAUGAUGGGUACAGAUGGAGAAAGUACGGUCAAAAAGCCGUGAAGAACAGCCCCUUUCCCAGAAGCUACUACCGUUGCACCAGUGCUUCAUGUAAUGUGAAGAAACGAGUGGAACGAUCCUUCACUGAUCCAAGCAUUGUUGUCACGACCUAUGAAGGCCAACACACACAUACAAGCCCACUCAUGCCUCGUUCGACUCUUGCCGGAGCUUUGGUACCAGCGGUGGUCUCCGCCGGAUGUGGUUCAGCUGCAACGCCGGGAAACUUAUUAUCCCCGCAGUAUCAUGAGCAGCUCCAACAUCAUAAUGAUCACCAAUUCCUAGCGAACACAUUGUCGUCUUUGGGUUUUCCUCGCAUUUGUGGUUCAAAGAGUAGUAUCGCCGCCUUUCCUCAAGAGAGGAUGCCUUGUAAUCCAGGGACCAAUGCUUUUUUAAGGGACCAUGGGCUUCUCCAAGAUAUCAUUCCUUCCCAUAUGUUGAAAGAAGAGUAGACAGACCAUCAAUCCUUAAUUAACUGCGUGAUCAUGCAAAUUCUUUGUAAUGAUGACGUUAAUUUAAUUUAUAAUAGACUUAGACGUGAACUCCAGUACUCCUGCUAGUUAGUUAAUUAUAUGUAAAACCCAAUGUUUUGCGCAUAGCCCUCGUGUUUAUCAUUUACUGUAUGCUAUGUUGCUUGGAUUUUUAACCAGUGCAGGGACUACAUCUUCUAGCGAGCUUUAAUAUUUUUGUUGAGCUAAAAAGGAAGAAGGGAGAAGAAAGUUCUCGUAGGCGGGGGUUGUGGGAAAGAUAACAAAGAAACAAAAUAGUAAAUAAGCUUUUCUGUCCGCUUUGAA